AACAACUAUACGGACCUACCGGGAACGGACGGUGCUGAUAACCCAAACCAUCUCAUCUGAGUCGUCUCCUCUCUCCUCUCUUCUCCAGCGUCCGAUCUCAUCCAAUCUAAAAGCUUCGAACGCUCGCUCCCUCUCUCGCGCUAAAUACAUAACAAUCAGUCGGGUUAGGGCAAGUAUGGCCGACUCUGCUGCGAGCCCCGGCGAAGGAAGUCACGAGAGCGGCGAGCAGACCCCCCACUCGAACGUGCGCGAGCAAGAUCGGUUUCUUCCGAUCGCGAAUAUUAGCCGGAUCAUGAAGAAGGCGCUUCCCGCGAAUGGAAAGAUCGCUAAGGAUGCGAAAGAGAUCAUGCAAGAAUGCGUCUCGGAGUUCAUCAGUUUCAUCACUAGCGAGGCGAGUGAUAAAUGUCAGAGAGAGAAGAGGAAGACUAUUAAUGGGGAUGAUUUGCUCUGGGCAAUGGCGACUUUAGGGUUUGAGGAUUAUAUCGAUCCGCUGAAGUUGUACUUGGCUGCAUACAGAGAGAUGGAGGGUGACACCAAGGGACCGGCAAAGGGUGGAGAUGGGCCGGCUAGGAAAGAUGCAGCUGGAGCUCAAUCAAGCAUUAAUUCCCACAUUUCACAUCAAGGUCCUUACACGCAAAAUGUGAACUAUGAGACUCCUCAAAUGGAGAGGCAGAUUGCUUAUCCAGAAGGGGGAGCUUUUUCCAUCAUAUCACAGACUCAACAUUUGAUGGUUCCCUUGGAUGGCACAAAGUAGGAGUUUCUCUCCAGUUAAUUGCAUCAUUUGGAAUCCCAUUCAAGGAGAUGCUGUACUUAUUACAUCGAGACAAUUUAAAUAUAAUCUGUACAACUGUAACUUUUUCAAAUGGUUUUGGCGCUAUUGCCAUGUCUAGUAGUCAUUCUGCCAAAGUUCAUAUAUCUGCUUGCCUUUUGGAGUAGAAUGAUUAUUCGAGGAAAAGAUGUGAACCUUUGGAUGGUUUACAUGCCUUUUGGAGUAGAAUACUAUUUAAAGAAAGAUUGCAAGAUUUAUGAUAGUCCGUAUAAGAAUUCCAUUCUCGAUUAACUUCCACUCGGGAACCGCUGAUAUUUUUGUGCUUACAUUUCCUUGACUGCUAUAUCACUAAGGAAUAUCUGAAAGCCUCGUUGGCAGUUCCAUCGCCAGCAGUGCUGGGAGUUUGUUUAUUUA